UUUAUAUCCAAGAGGGGGGGAAGACCCGAGAUGCACGUUUAAGCUUGACGAGCCGUCAUGACCGAGCUGAGCGGCAAAGUCCAGAGCGUCCUGGGUCUGCUGGACCCGGACCAGCUGGGCCGCACCAUGACCCACGAGCACCUGACCAUGACCUUCAAGUGCUGCUACGUCCCCUCGGCGCCGGAGAACUGCCCGACGGCCGAGAAUCCGUUCCAGAUGGGCCAGGUGCACUGGCUGAGGCAGAACCCGUACAGCUGCCACGAGAACCUGCUCCUGUGCCAGGAGACUGAGGCCGUGCGAGAUGAACUGCUGGCCUACAGGAAGGCGGGUGGCGGCAGCGUGGUGGAAAACACCACCACGGGCAUCGACCGGGACCUGCCCACCCUCAGGAGGCUGGCCAAGGAGACCGGGGUCAACAUUGUAGCGGGGGCCGGGUACUACAUAGACUGCACGCACUCGGACGACACUCGCAAGAUGAGUGUGGAGAAACUCACGGACGUCAUCGUGAGCGAGAUCCUUUACGGUGCCGACGGCACGGAUAUCCGCUGCGGCGUGAUCGGUGAGAUCGGCACCGGCUGGCCCAUCACGGACAGCGAGAGGAAAGUGCUGCGGGCGGCGGCGCACGCUCAGGCCCAGCUCGGCUGUCCCGUCAUCAUCCAUCCCGGCCGCAAUUCCCCCGCUCCGGCCGAGGUCGUCCGCGUCCUUCAGGAGGCGGGCGGCGACAUCGGGAAGACGGUUAUGUCGCACCUGGACAGGACCAUCUUCAACCACGCCGAACUGCUGGACUUCGCCGAGAUGGGGAGUUAUCUGGAGUACGACCUCUUUGGAGUCGAGACGCUCAACUACGUCUUCAACCCGGACGUGGACAUGCCCAGCGACAGCCAGAGAGUCAACGCCUUGGCCUUGCUGGUUAAAGAAGGCUACGAGGACAAGAUCGUGAUUGCGCACGACAUCCACACCAAGGACCGCCUGAGCAAGUACGGCGGCCACGGCUACUCUCACAUCCUGCGCAACAUUGUGCCCAAGAUGCUGAGGCGGGGCAUCUCACAGACGCAGGUGGACAAGAUCCUGGUGGACAACCCCAAACGCUGGCUCACCUUUAAAUGAAGCACGGGAAGAAAAAGCCCAGGCAGUUGUUCAUUUGUUUAAUGAAGCAAUAAUGAUUUUUUUUUUUUCUCCAUCUCGGGAUGAUGAGACAACAGUGAGAUGCGAUGUGACCAUAAUUAAUUAAUUUGGGCCUUCAAUCAAUCACAGGGUGCAAUUUUGUCUCAUAAUCAUGAUGAAAUGUGUCGUCAUACUAAUAAUAUAGCAUUAAGUAACCCACAGUGAUUUAUAAGAUGGAAACCUUUGGAUUCAAAGUGUUUUUUAUUUAUUUAUACAUUUAUUGAAUGGCUGGGAAUGACAAGAAGAAAGGGAGCUGGUCCUCCCCCCAAAAUACAAGUCAAAACAAAGCCUGUGGGAUACUGAUAGUGAAACGAUACCAUGGCAAAAACCUAAAACAUCAGUUAAUGCAGCAGAAUAAUACAUGACAAAAAAUAGAACUUCAGCUUCUUACUAUUUUUUUUGUAUAAUAUUUAGUAUUUUUUUUUGUAUAGUACUGGCAAUAAAGGAUAUUAAAUAAAAUAGUUAUAUGUAUUCACUCUUG